AUGUGUGAAAUUAUUCAAGCACUAAAAGAACCGCUGAAGGAUAUAGAAAGUGAUUACUUAAAUCCUUCUAGCGCUGAUGAAAUCUAUAAAGCAGCUGAACCUACACUAUCAGACAUGCCAGUGGAAAUAAUUUUAAAAAUUUGCUCUUUUCUUGACUCUCAUUUUUUAAAGUAUACUUUUAGUAAGGUGUGUACUAGAUUUGAGAAUAUCCUUGCUGAUGACCACUUAUGGAAAUAUUGGGUACAAAAUAAAGUGAAUGGUUGUUUCCCAGCACUGCCACAUUUGAAAAUAUAUGAAGAUGUUCAAAUUGACUGGGAGGAAGUGUGUGUAGAAAUUGACACUGAGAAAAAAAAGUGGAGUGAUGUUCAAAAUACAACUAAGCAUAUAAUCGCUAAGGACAUUCAUUAUGCAUCUGUUGAUGCAGUGCUUUUGUUAAAUAAAGGCGAAAUUUGUGUAUCGGGAGGGAGAGAUCGAAGUUUGGCAAUGUGGAAUGUUCUAGAGAUGAGUACUUCUGCUGACAUAAAGCCCAUGAAGAUACGACAUGAUGCCCAUGCAGGAUGGGUGUGGGACUUGGCUGCAGACAACACUGACUGUGCUACAACUGUUUAUUCGGCAUCUUGGGAUAACACUGUCAAGGCAUGGGAUAUAACAUCAGAUUUAACAUGUGUGGAAACAUUUAAAUGUGGGAUGUCUGCGUUAUCUGUUGUGGCAACGGAUAAUAUAGCUAUGGCUGGCCUUUAUUCAAAUAAAGUACUGUCUUUUGACAUUCGAUCUGGAUCAAAUCCAAUAAGUUCUUAUAAACCUCAUAAAGGGCCAGUAUUAGCUUUGAGUGUUCACAAAAAUAUGGUUGCAUCUGUAAGUGAAGAUAAAACCUUAGCUAUAUGGGACAGAGUUGCUGGCAAAAUGGUGAAAAAUAACAUAAAAAUACCGAAAGAAAAGCAAUAUCCAGUAUGUGUUAAUUGGAGCUCAUCAGCCAUUUAUGUUGGCGACUCUAAGGGGUCACUCCAUUUAUUCAAUCCUGAAGAUUUUACAUUUGUAAGAUCCCAUGUCAUAUGGGAAGAAACUCCUGUUAUGGAGCCUAAUCAUAAAAUAGCUGGUUGUUAUCAAAGUAAGGGAAUAAUUAUCGUUUGCUCAGACCAAGGAGAAAUAAAAUUUUUGUACAACUGUUAUCCACCUCAAGAAUAUAGUAGUAUUGAAACAUGCACUGUGGAUGUAACAAAGCUGCAAUAUCAAAAUGGUGUCUUAGCUGUGGGUACCUGUGAUACAGCUAUCGAAUUUUGGAUACCAAAUGAGAAGAUUCAAUAA